AUGAACAAAGGUUCCAUUGAGUUAAGUCCUAUACAGCAAUCACUCAUUUAUUCAUUUUGUGAAAACCAUGACAAAGCCAUUCAGGUCUUGGAGGGGGUGACUUCGCAAAAGCCGGAGAUAACCACGUAUACUCUUUUAGCAAAAGCCCAAAUGAAGGCCAAGAAAAACAAGGAAGCUGUGAAAACAUUUAAAAAGGCUUUGGAAAUAUUCUCUCGUUCCGAUAAAGGGCCAAGUGUCAUGGCAGCGUCUGCAGACUGUUUGUAUUACUUGGGUCUUUGUUACCUGGAGGACGGCAACAUUCAACUGGCUUUUGAUUCUUUUACACAAGCUGUGAAAGCAAAUCCUGAGUUUGCCGAAGGCUUUUAUCAACGUGGGAUUUGUAAAAUAAAACUCCAGAGGGAUAACUCAAUCCUGGAUUUUAAUCGUGCACUUACCAUUGAUCCAAAUCAUUACCAGGCGUAUUUAAGUCGAGUAGCCUUCUAUGGUUUGCAAGGCAGAUACUCCAAAGCAAUCUUGAAUUGUAACGAGGCCAUCAAAAUUUAUCCCCGGAGUGUGCGUGCCUUUAUCUACAGAGGAGUUCUGAAGUACUACAACAAGACUUAUAAGCUGGCAAUUAUAGAUUUAACUACAGCUGUCAACAUGGACAAGAACAAUUAUAUAGCAUAUUAUAACAGAGCAUUAUGUUAUACCAAGAUAAAUGAAAUUCAAUUGGCAUUAAAAGAUUAUGGAAUCGUGCUACUGCUUAAUGCUGGAGAAACUGUGACACUAAACACCUUCAUUAAUCGUGGGCUCAUCUAUGUGGAACUAGAGCAGUACGGCUUUGCAUUAGAGGAUUUUAAACAAGCUACACUGAUACAGAAGACUAGUGUGAGUCUCUGCCAAGCUACCGCCAUGUGCCAUCACAGAAUUAAAGAGUUUGAAGAUGCUGUUAAUUUCUUCACCUCAGUUCUUAAAAUUGACCCCUGUUUUCUGGAUGCUUAUGUUGGACGGGGAAAUUCUUACAUGAAAUAUGGUCACAGCGAAGCCACCAAGCAAGCACAGAAGGACUUUCUGAAAGCAUUGCAUUUUAAUCCGAUAUACACAAAAGCCAGAAUUAGUUUAGCCUAUAAUCUGCAGGCUCAAGGAAAAUUCCAGAAGGCUUGGAACCACUUUACCAUUGCCAUAGAAGUUGAUCCAAAGAGUUACCUAGCCUAUGAAGGAAGAGCUGUGGUCUGCCUCCAGAUGCAGGAUUAUUUUGCUGCAAUUCAGGAUAUAAAUGCAGCCAUAAAGAUCAAUACUACAGCAGAAUUCUUAACAAAUCGCGGUGUGAUUCAUGAGUUUAUGGGUCAACAACAGAAUGCAAUGAGAGACUAUCAAGGGGCAAUUUCUUUAAACCCCACAUACUCGCUGGCUUACUUUAAUGCAGGAAAUAUCUACUUUCACCACAGGCAGUUUUCCCAGGCCAGCAACUACUUCUCAAGGGCUUUAAAGUUUGAUCCAGAAAAUGAAUACAUAACCAUGAAUCGAGCUAUUGCAAAUACAGUAUUAAAGAAAUAUGAAGAAGCAAAAGAAGAUUUUGCUCGUGUCAUCGAAAUCUGUCCCUUUUGGUCUGCAGCAUAUUUUAACAGAGCACAGUUCUACUGUUGCUUAAAGCAAUAUGCACUAGCUGAAGAAGACCUUAACAAAGCCCUGUCUUUGAAACCCAAUGAUGCUCUAGUAUAUAAUCUCAGAGCAGAAGUUCAUGGUAAACUAGGUCUGAUCGAAGAAGCCGUAACUGACUAUAAUCAAGCACUUGACCUUCAAGAAUUUGCCUCUUAUGGACUGUAG